AUGCAGAAACCCACCGACCAGGUCUGCGAAAAGAGUGAUGGUGUCGAUGAUGUGUUGGGAAUUCCGUCUUCGAGUCUUACUUGUGCUCGCUAUAAUGGUGGUCACGAUGGUUGCCUGUGUUGGCGUGCAAGUCAGCAGAUGCUUGGUGCCAGAAAAAGCAGUAGUCACGACUUUGCCUACAGAGUCUUCCAGCAAGGAUUCAGCGGCGUCGGCGUUGCUGUUGCCAGCGUGUUCAGUGUGUUCAGCUUGUUUAGCACAGUCGAGGGAUACGAUCUCACUAACAACGUGUACGCUAUGUUUGCAGCUGAUGUCAUAGAUCUGUACGAGCGUCUCGUGUCUGGAAAGCAGAUGCCCUUGAGACCCUCGACGACGUGCUCUGCAACUAUUACACUACCUCGUGCCGUGGCGCAACAACGAGCUGCUCACUUCCCGCACCAUGAUAUUCAGAAGAUGGCGUCGAAAAAGAGCAUGAGUCUUGUAAUUUGA